ACAGGAAUGCUUGCUAGUUCAAGAGCAAGCCACUCAAGAAGGUUCAUUCCCUAAAGAAAUGACAACCAAGUUCAACAAGGAUAUGUAUGCGAAGAUGAGAUCAAAGAAGGACGAGUCGUUAUCCAACAUCGGGAAGAAGUCAGUGCGCGUCACAGGGAAGGGCCCCUCCGUUACUCCAUCUACCUCCGUCAUUCCCAUUGGUACCGAGACUACAAGGACGGCCUCUCCUGCCACCUCGGUUGAAGAGAUCCUUUCUCCCGCUGCAAAGAGGCCGCGCUUGUCUGACAGAGAAAAGGAGAAGGUUGAGUCUCGCUCGUCUACCAUAUGGGACGAUGAGAGAUUAGCAGUGGACAAGGCUCACGGGGUCGCGAUUGCUGAGGAUUUGAAGAUCUUUUCCGGCGUGCUCGUCAACGAGGUUGUGUCUCGCCACGUCCAUAAGCUUGUACAGGUGUUAGGGGAAAGUCUUCAUAUUACCUCUAAGUAUCUUACUCAAGAGGCCAAGGUGGCGUCACUAACAUCCAGGAUGGAGGCCUUGGAAGAGGAGAAUUCUAUGCUGAAGAAGAAGCUCAUCAACUCCAUGCAUGAGGCCAACACUUUGAAGGAAAGUACCAAGACCUUGGCUAACGAUCUCUGAGCUGAGCGUCAGUUAACUCUGAAGAAGGAUGAUCAGCUUCUGGCAGCUAAGGAGAAGCUUAAAACUAUUGUUGCUUGGUCUGUUGAAGCUUUCCAAAUGACUGACGAGUAUAACACAGUCCUAUUCAGCUGGUACUUCAAGGGUUUUGAGCUUCUGAUGAGGUACCUUGUCAAGCAUCCUUUCGGAGUGGACUUGGAGACACUGGAUUUGGAAGAGUUUGACCAGGAGAUGACUGCUGACGAGGUUGUCCAGCCCCCUACCACUGAGACUGGUGCCCCCGAAAAUACCCCUGCUGGUGACGCCCCUUCUGGAGACAAUGUUGCUGUUGACGCACGAACUUGAUACUUAAUGAAAAUUUUCUCUCUCUCUUUUCCUUUUUUUCUUUUUUUGGGUGCCCAUCAUGUUUUGGGCUUUUUGUAAAUCUAAUUUCCGAACAAUUUCCUUUUAUCUUGAGAACAAUAUUUUUAGCCCAGUGUUUAUGGGCCUUUAAAUGUGAAGAAUAAU